AGCACAUCCAAUACAGUAAUCUACAUCUUUACUCUCCUAAACCAAUCACUCUAUUCAUCAUGAAGUUCUCACUCGCCGCCGUUGCCCUCCUUGGAGCCGUUGUCUCUGCCCUUCCCGCCAACGAGAAGCGACAGGCCUACAUCCCUUGCAGUGGCCUCUACGGCACUUCUCAGUGCUGUGCUACUGAUGUCUUGGGUGUUGCCGACCUCGACUGCGGAAACCCCCCUUCGUCUCCCACCGACGCCGACAACUUCAGCGCUGUCUGCGCCGAGAUUGGCCAGCGAGCUCGCUGCUGUGUCCUCCCCAUCCUUGACCAAGGCAUCCUCUGCAAUACCCCUACUGGUGUCCAGGACUAAAGUGUCACGAGUUUGUGACCUUGUAUAAUGCGAAUACGAUAUUGGAAUUGAUUGAUGGAUUAUAUAAACCGAGUUCUGACUUUGUUAUAAUAUUAGUUCUAACAAGUUACAUAUUUGAAUCAACCUCUUAAUUCGUCUUU